GCGCCUUGUCGUGACAGGGCAACAACAACCGCAUUCCUUCUGCAGUGAGCAUCUCCCACAGUCAUUCUCCCAGGACUCUCACAGCCCAUACCAUGGCGCCAGCAACACAAUUUGAGGUCGCGCAGCCCCCAGACGACGCCGUGUCGCGUGUCGUCUUCGCCCCGGAAUCAUCAACUCGGCUGCUCGUGUCUUCAUGGGACAAGAAUGUCUACCUCUACGAAGUCGAGGAUGGCGAGGCGCCGACAGCGAGACUGGUUCGCCAGUUUGAGCACCGCGCGCCCGUAAUGGACGUGUGCUUUGGCGCUACAGACAACGAGGCCUACACGGCUGGGGUGGACCACAGGGUAACGAGGAUUGACCUUGAGACUGGCUCCCAAACCGUGAUGAGCGAACACACCAAGCCCGUGCGCUGCGUCGUCUUCUCCGCCGAGCACCAACUCCUCGUCUCCGCCUCGUGGGACAGCACGCUACACAUUCACAACACCGCCGCGCCCGACAGCCCGCCGGCCGUCGUCCAGCUACCGGGGAAACCACAUGCCAUGUCUUCCAGCCCGACCAAGGUUGUCGUCGCCAUGACGGCGCGCCUGGUGCACAUCUUCGACCUCCCCACUAUCGCCAAACAACUCGCGUCCUCGUCAGCGCCCGAGAUCAAGCCCUGGCAGCAGCGGGAGUCGUCCCUCAAGUUUCUGACCAGGGCCGUGGCGUGUAUGCCCAACGACGCCGGCUAUGCCACCAGCUCAAUCGAGGGGCGCGUGGCCGUGGAGUGGUUCGAGGACUCGGCAGAGUCCCAGGCGCGCAAGUAUGCAUUCAAAUGCCACCGUCAGGCGGCUCCUGAGGAGGAAGGCGGAGGGGAUGUUGUAUUUCCUGUCAAUGCCCUCACGUUCCACCCCGUGUAUGGAAAGACUUUCGCGAGCGGUGGCGGCGACGGGACAGUGGCGCUGUGGGAUGCCGAGGCCAAGCGAAGGAUGAAGCAGUACCAGAACUUUGGCAACAGUGUGGCAUCGCUUGCCUUCUCCUCCAAUGGGAAGUACAUGGCGGCGGGCGUCUGCCCCGGUUUCGAGACGGGGCAGGAGGACUACAGUGGGCAGGGUCAGACCAAGGUGGUCAUCAGGGAAUUGAGCGAGACGGAGGCGAAGGGGAAGGGAGCGAAAUAGCUGCUGGCCCUGCAAUAGCUUCAGGGUCCAAAAUCACAUCACGAUUGCGACAGAGUGAUCUGGAGGCGAUGCCAAGACUGAUACCACAGACAGAACGAGACUAGAUACCUAUGAAGCCAGAUGGAAAUGACUGACAAUGCUAAAACAAAGAAAAGUGUCAGCGAUAGCCCUUCCGUUUGCCUGUGGCUGUACGUCGUUCAACAGGUUGAUCCCGGCAUGAUUUCUCCCGGGUGCAUAUGUGAUCCCAUAUCAGGGCUGUCCCUCAGCAUCCAUCAGGGCCGUGUUUGAGAUCACGAAAUUCGACUUGAUUCGGGAAGACGGGCCGGGACGCAGUGCCAGUGAGCCUACCUUCCUGCCGUCCCCAUCCAAAAUUCGAUUCGGGUGAAGGCGCAUGCAGGGACUAGAGUCCUGGACCGGCUCGCCAGGGAAAUCGCUUGGUGAUUCCAACUUGACAGUUUUCUUUGGCCUGGGAGAAUCAGUCCGUGGAAUAAUGAUGGGGUCGAAGCUCUCAAGCUCUGGUUUGUCGCGUUUCGUUGGCGUUAUCUUCGUCUCAGGGGAUGGAACAGAAUCCUCGGGCUCUAUUUCGAAUUGCGAUGUGCCGAAAAGCUGUGGUUUUCGCCAGAGGCCUGUAGCUGUUUGAGCUCGCGGCCGCAUCCUUACACCAGGACUGGUAUUCUGUUGAACCAAGUUGUUC